AUGUGCAUAGUAUUCUGGCAUAAGCCCCAUUUCUCCCGAAUUAGGAUGCCAAGUCUGAAACAAACCUUUGCAACUCUCCGUACGAAUGUCCAACCCAGUUCUGAACUAUUCACAGAGAAUAUGAAAAUAAGCAUAUCAAUAUUAUUCAUCCUUCCGGUGCCUAGAUGCCAUGCCAUUCGAAGGAAGCACGAUGGCUGGGAUACUGCCAGGUUAUCCAAGCCUAGACAAGAACAGUUUAGGCUGAGCUCGAACCUCAGAUCUUCCGGUCAAAAGGAUGAAAAGCAAGUGGGAAGCGACUUGGUGCUAAACUAUGACAGUCAUUCCAAGGUGUCUAAACCUCCAGACACUCAUUCGGAAAAGCUGAGCAGGAACUGGUAA